AUGACAGACAGCCUCCCUCCAAUAUACAACUUUCCACCUCUUUAUACCUGCCAACCUAAUGUGCUAAUACGGAAACAACAGCUGGCGACUUGGUGCGAUCUGCUUUUGAACUAUGCGAAGGAUAACAAGGCCUGGUGUCUCAACCAUGAAGGCAGUAUACUGAGGGACUCUGAAUCUUCAAACGCAAGCAUCUUCAAAAAUGAAACUAUACAAAGGGUGGCCCCAGCCCCGUUCAUCGACCAAAUUUGGAAGGAGAUGGUGCGAGGUCAAAAAGCAGUCAAGAAUAGCGACGAGGCGUACUUCAUCCUUUGGAGGAGUCUGGAACAGUGGAGUUCGCUGGUACUGCAGUGGUUUGAAACAUCUGGAAAACUCAACCAGGUCGUCACACUGUAUGAGCUGCUUGAAGGUGACGAAUCUCUUGGGUGGGAGUUCCACGGAAUGCAUCAGACGCUGUGCGAGCUAUGUCUACAAAAGUUAUGUGACAGAGGAAGAGCCACGCUACUGAAGGAGCAAAACAAAAUCAUGGGGGUGAAGGUUUUGUAA